AUGCGCUCGAGGCGGGUGCCAACAGAGUCUCCCACAGUGGCGCUGGCCACCAGCCGCCGGACGCUGGUCGCCGCCUGCCGUGGGCAUCUGCUGCCUUUGAGCGCCCACGAGGGACCCGAUGGGGCCGGGAGCCGACGGUCGACCGAAGAAUCUACCAAGAUAGCAAUGAGAUCCGGGACUCCAGGGUCCGAGGGGAGUGGGAAGGACCAAGGCGCGGACCGGAGUCGCCCAGUGGCUCUGCAACGCGCGCGCAAGAGGCGGACGAGGGCGCCCCUGGCGGCAGCGGCUGUCGGUGACUGGGUCCCUCGAGAGCGAUUCUACCUUUGGAUUGACCCCUCUCACAGGACUCUGAUCUUUGAAAAGAUAGCUGAGAGUGGAACUCCCAUAUCCUCUUUUCAUCACAUCCUUAAUUCAAGCCCCCUGGAUACUUCCCUCUUUUUCGUUCACAAGCACUUCUCUCCCCCAUUUGUACCCCAGAGCAUCUCUUCCCAUGAAGGCUACACUCAGAUUAUCGCCAAUGAUCGUGGUCAUCUACUGCCUUCAGUGCCCCGUUCCAAGGCAAAUCCUUGGGGUUCCUUCAUGGGCACCUGGCAAAUGCCUCUGAAGAUACCCCCUGCUCGGGUGACCCUGACAUCCCGUACAACUGCUGGUGCUGCCUCCCUCACCAAAUGGAUACAGAAAAAUCCUGAUUUACUCAAGGCCUCCAAUGGCCUGCGUCCUGAAAUCUUAGGCAAGCCCCAUGAUCCAGACAGUCAGAAGAAACUCGGGAAGAAGUGUAUCACAAAGACUGUACAACAAGCACCAAGUCCAACUAUAAUUCCAUGCUCCCCAGCUGCCAGCCUCAAUUCCCCAGAUGAACUCCAAGGCUCACACCCCUCUGCAGGUCACACUCCAGGUCCCCGAAGCCCAGCCAAAUCUCCUAAGAGCCCACCUGGAAGCCCAUUAGAACAGUGGGCAGGUCCUAAUCUAGCUGAGGUCCAGAAAUACAAACCUGGAACUUCAGAAGGAACCAAGGGGCCAUACUGAGAAAACCUGUCUAGAGAUUGAGUGAAUGAAGUAAACAAGACACCCUAGUCAGGACUGUGGAACAGGGAAAUCAUGGGGUGAGAGUAAAAGCUAAUUUGGAAAAUAAACAUGGUUUGUUGAAUCUUUUA